UGGAGGUGGCUCUGCAGGAGUUUGUAAACAAUACACUCUUAACGGUGUUGCUAACGUAGAAUAGCACAGCAGUAACUCUAAAUAUUUUGCUUAUGUAUCCUCCGAUCGAGUUAAGUUGUAUGAAGAGUCUUACAAACGAACGGAGGUAGCUGGUUCUGUCUUUGUGUCAGCACUCUAUCGAACCAGAUGACAAUCCAAUCUUUUAUCAUGGCAGAAGAGUUAUUAACUUCGCGUUCUUUGCCUUCAGUUAGCCAAGAGAACCAUUCCAGUGGACGUGCUUUCGCUGUAAAAGACAGAAAAACCGAAGGCAAGGCUAUUGAGCAACGUCUUGCGUGGGAAAUGGUGGAUGAAACCGAAUGGGCAGAAUUAAAGUUACUGCAUAAGAAACCACAUGGACAUGGAUGCAGGAAUAUCAAGCUUCCCAAUACAACAAAUUCAAAGACAACCGGAGCCUCAAGGGUUAAGUCGGAUCGUUACAGUCAUCGUUCUUUAAAAACAGGAGACAUGAAACUGCCUAAACAGGACAUGAAUAGAUCGGGUGUUUUGAACUCAGCUUCUCCGGGUCACAAUCCAAAUCAUUUGUCUCGAAGUGAGCCGACCUCGGAAGCCCGCAUGCCAUUCUUGUCACCAAGAUCACGAGCUUUUACUGAACCUUGCUUACAUUCGUCUUUAGAAGACAACAGUAAGACAGUUCAUGGAAAAUCGUUUCGAGAAAACCUUAGCGUGAUUUAUCGUCAACAAAAGGAGAUGAGAAAGCUGGAGUAUGAUAACAUGGCCUCAAGGCAAGCGUUAAGUGAUGCUCAAGAUUUAAUACGCGACCUGAAAUCAAAAAUUGAGAAAAGGAAUAAAUACAUUAGGGACAGGCAUAAGAAGGAAGGAGACCUCAUUCACGAUCUCGAGACGUUAAGAAAAGAAAGAGAUGAAAAGCUGUUCGAGUAUAAGCAAAUAAUGAAAACUAUGAACGAAGCUUUGUCGCUGAAGGACAAAUCUCUCGAAGACACUGAGGCGGAGAGAACGCAGACCGAAAGUGCUUAUCAGGAUCACUUGAAAGAAAAUACUGAUCUGAUGAGAAAAAUUGAAGCGCGGGAAAAGCAAAUAAAACAAUUGAAAGAAAAGACAGAGAAAGCAUCGAAAUGGAAGGCUAAUGUUCGACAAUGAUAAGCUGCAUCAAUGAUAAGUUGCAUCGAUCAAACAUUUCGCCUCAACUCAAGUCAGGCGAGCCUCGAUNCAGGACAUGAAUAGAUUGGGUGUUUUGAACUCAGCUUCUCCGGGUCACAAUCCAAAUCAUUUGUCUCGAAGUGAGCCGACCUCGGUAGCCCGCAUGCCAUUCUUGUCACCAAGAUCACGAGCUUUUACUGAACCUUGCUUACAUUCGUCUUUAAAAGACAACAGUAAGACAGUUCAUGGAAAAUCGUUUCGAGAAAACCUUAGCGUGAUUUAUCGUCAACAAAAGGAGAUGCGAAAGCUGGAGUAUGAUAAUAUGGCCUCAAGGCAAGCGUUAAGUGAUGCUCAAGAUUUAAUACGCGACCUGAAAUCAAAAAUUGAGAAAAGGAAUAAAUACAUUAGGGACAGGCAUAAGAAGGAAGGAGACCUCAUUCACGAUCUCGAGACAUUAAGAAAAGAAAGAGAUGAAAAGCUGUUCGAGUAUAAGCAAAUAAUGAAAACUAUGAACGAAGCUUUGUCGCUGAAGGACAAAUCUCUCGAAGACACUGAGGCGGAGAGAACGCAGACCGAAAGUGCUUAUCAGGAUCACUUGAAAGAAAAUACUGAUCUGAUGAGAAAAAUUGAAGCGCGAGAAAAGCAAAUAAAACAAUUGAAAGAAAAGACAGAGAAAGCAUCGAAAUGGAAGGCUAAUGUUCGACAAUGAUAAGCUGCAUCAAUGAUAAGUUGCAUCGAUCAAACAUUUCGCCUCAACUCAAAUCAGGCGAGCCUCGAUUUCGUAGAUUUAGAGCUUACUAAAAUCACGAGCCAUUUCUUUUGUACUGUUCUCUACACCUGGACCGUCUAUUCUGUCAUGUCGAAGUCUUAAGAGAUGAACAACAAGGUCGUUAAAUUCAGUGAACGGUGAUGACUAUCAAACAUCGCAAGCGAGAACCAGUGUGUCUCGUUACAAGAAAGAUAAGCUCGGAUGUAUUAUGCUUCCGGGUUAAACGUUUUUGAUAUGGCUAGAUGAGCUGGUAUCAUUGACAUCAGUGUUCAUUGACACAGAAAAAGUUGCAAUCUUUUAUUACAAAACUCAAGCAGGAAACAAAUAGCCAUUUAAAUGGGAACUCUGGCGGUGCCUGUUUGGUCAUAUGAUGUUUGAUAAUCAAAUUCUCUUGCGAGCCCAGAGUUACAGUUAUCCGGGCAUGCCAAUACAGGCCAUUCUAAAACUUCAAGGCUUAAAAGGAGUUCAUCAUUUUAGCUAGCUCUUUAUACAUUUCUUAUUCUCUAAUCGUAACUCAAUAUUUGGGAAUGGUUUCUUGCUGGUGGAGAUUAAAAUAAUGCUUAGACGAGAAACUGGUGUUAUGAUAUUGUAGCUGAAAUUUACAACUCAGCAUUGCUAUUAUUAUCGCACUCUAAGGGGAUAGUUAUCGUGCCUAGCAGGUAUUCUCCAAACAAUGACAAAAGCUAGGUGCAAGAUAACCAAAGAAUGAAUAGACAGCGAACCGACAAAAUGUUGUAUCUUCUAAUCAGCCUUACCUUUCCUCUACUACCUCAGGUCAUUGGAAAACGUACAUGUUAAGAGAGAGUAAUUUUAUUUAGAUGUGUGUUCUCGUUCAUCACAAUUAUUUAAGAACUGAGUUUAAAACCGUGCUUAAAGAAGAAACCUACUUUAUCUUGAGACUAAAAUUUCUUCAUAUAUAUUAUCUUGAGACUAAUAUUUCUUCAUAUAUAUUUGAAAACACCUAACCAAUCUGAUUAGAAAUCGUGUGAAUCACUGACACAAGGAUUUGCUCCUUUACCGUGACAUCUUUGCGUUACGCCAAAGAUGACAUCGAUGCUUGACUGA